AUUUGUAUUCCCACGCAGACAAACAAAUAAUAUAGUACAAAAAAUAACUUAUAGACAAAAAAAAAAGUCCAAAAGAAAUAUAUAAUGUAAAAAUAGUUAUCCGCUAAUUAAGAUGGUACUCCAUCAGGACAAUCAACGGUGCAAGGCCAUCGCCACUCGUCUCUCAGCGGUUCUGAGCUUCAGCUUCACUUUCGUCUUCUUCACUCUUUCAGUCUGUGUCUUGCUUGUUGCGGUUAACAGUGCCAACAUAAAAUGAACAACUCGGUGAUGAAAAGGUUUCUGGACGCCUCGUCCUUUCGCUCCUCGUCGAGACCCACUGCUUCUCUUCCUUUCUUGCUCUACCCGAGACGCAAUAUAGUUUCGGUUUCAUCAGUUGAGGAAGAAGAUCAAACAGCCAAUUCUUCUAGGGACAGGGAAGACACUGGAUUUUCAUCUGGUCUUAAUUGGGCUCUAGCUGGAAAAGGUGUAAUUGUGAAGGAUAAAUCAUUUAGAAACUUGAAUACUUCUGAGCUACAACAGAAAGGUGCAACUGUUGCAGAAUCUUUGUCAGGAAUUCCCGUUCUUGUUAGAGGAAAUGCCCUCGGAGGAGCUUCUGAAAUUUCCAAGCCACAAUUUAGUAAACUGCUGAAACAUGUCACAACUCACAUAUCAUCUGUCUCAAAUAUUUAUGUUCAUGAUGGUGCUGUUGGUUCAUCACUAAAAUACGGUGCUAAAGUUCGCAUAAUAAGUGAUAGUCCUUCUGCCAUAUUGAGUCUAUCCAAUGUACUCUGGAAAGCUCCCUCUCGUGCCAUUUCCCAUGAUUCUUGUCCUUUGACAGUUUAUGUUGCUUCAUCCAUAAGCCAAGGUGCAGUGGAUGCUGUUCGUCUGGGAGCUCAAGCAAAUGAGAGUGUCAUAGCUGCUGAUAUUGAUCGUGCUUCACUUAUUUUAUGUGGUAAAGCUUUUUCUGAUGCUAAUGCAACUAAAAUGGCACUAGCUACUUUGUCUGAACCUAUCAUAUCUGCACGAGGCGGCAUUCCUUUACCUGCGAGGCUUCUGGUUUCUGAUGACUCUGUGAUUCUGCUAUUAGCACCUGAGGAUAUUAUCCAGAGCUGCGCAGCUCAGUUGGUCUCCACUGAUGCGGGAGUUAUUCUUUCUUCACAAGAUGCUGCGCCAUAUUUUCCAGUUAAAAAUUAUUCGGCUCCUAGCCUUUUCAAAUUCCCAGUAGGUGUUGUCCUUGUAACCUCAGACAGUUCUGGGACUAUCCCAUCUAUAUCAAAGCUCUCACCAGGCCAAGCAGCUUAUCACUUCCUGGCUGGCUAUCAAAAUGGCAAAUUCAUGCUUGCAUACAACAGGGGUCCUUCAUCUCUUGAUGCAUUAGAACUCGCAAAGGCUUUUCUGUCAAAGUUGAAGGAUAACCAAAUCUCGUCCUUCCUAAUUAAUGUCAGUGAAGGACAGAAGAGUGUUACAGGCAAGGUUUUCCUGAGAAUGGUGGAAUCAGCUUUGUCAAAGGACAUCCCUUCAUUUCGUCCUAAAGGUGGAGAUCUCAAGGCCAAGUACAACAGCUUUUUAUCCAAUAAAUUCCAAGAAAUCCCAGAGGAGCUCUCAUUUUGAGGGUUUAAUACCUUCAAUCCACACCCAAAUUUUCAAAAACACAAAACAGCUGAUCAGAAAUGUCACCAAAUCUCCCACUCUUGGGAGAUGUCCUCAGCGCCGAGCAACAUGUAUUAGAGCAUCUUUGCAUUAUUAGUGGUGAUUGAAUUAGUGUAAUGAGGUCUCCAUGUCUCUGGUCAGUCUGCACUCUGCAGGAUCCCAAUAGGCACCAGCUGCUCCUAAUUGCUGAAAUUAGCUGGCAAAAUUUAGAGGCUCAGCCUCCUCCCCUCUGCAUGUUAUAUUUUCUCUUUUGUCGGUUAAAUAAAGAUCCAGCUAAUUUGUAGGUA